GCCGCCAACGUCAUGGUGCGGUGCCGAGCGCGUGAGUACCGGCCGUGAGAGAGCAUGGGUUGCGGGCCGAGCGGCGCGGCCGACCGCCACCGGGCCGACCGGGAACUGUACUUGCCGUCCACCGAGCUGCGUUUCAACGCCGGCCAGAUGCAACGGCUCAACGACCACUUACUGCGCGGCUACGAGAACUCCGAUGACUUAUCUACUAGCUCAGCAUCAUUAAACAUUGAAGCCAUCGUUCAUCGUAUUGUUCAGCGUUUAUUGUGUGGCAUCGGAAAGUUGGACAAACGAUUCGCCAGCAAAUUUUUAAUUACCGCAGAACCCAUGUCAUCCUCAAUAAAAUUAUCCAAAAGUUUUAGUUACUACGUGCGACUUGACUUAUUAUCAGAACCAAAAAUCUACGAAAAUGAUUUUGAAUAUCAAGUUAGAUGCGUGAUGGAACAGGAUGGUGUGCCUCAAGGUUUUGCUAAAAUCCGAGUAGUCACCAACAAACCGGAGGAAUGGGCUGACCUAAUCGAUGGCGAUGGAUACUUGAGACGGGACAAUGUGAAACUGCGCUUCGUCGAGCUGUUGGCCGCGUCCGCCUCCAGGAACGACUUGGUCGGUCGACCCGAAGACGUGGACGAAAGCUACUUGUGUGGGUGUCCCGGUAAAAUCGUCGACGCAGAGUUGCUACACGAAAUCCUCAAGAGUCCCGCGGACGAACAGGUGUUUUUCGGGAUGGGGCAAAUCGGUUCCAGUAAGUUUCCUGAUCCGAGAGACUUGCGGAUCUCCGUCGUCGAAGACGCGCAAUGCGUCAAGUUACGCAUAUCCGGUCCGAAGACAUCCGGUGACAUCGCAGUCGUCCUGCUGCCCACCAUCGAGUUAUCCGGUUGGCCCAAGAACACGGACAUCCUGUCCAGAAUACCGCUUACGCAUCCUGAUAUACUGAUACAUCAACAAGCCACGACUAUGGGGUUCUACGUGGUGCCGGUAGCGCCGCACCCGACGGUCCGGUGCUACAACCGACCGGCCACGUGGCAGAUUCGGUUCCCGGCGGCGGAGUGCCUGUACCAGACGCACUACUCGGAACGCAGCGUGGUGAGCAACAUCUACCACUUCCUGCGGACCAAGGUGCCGGCGCUGCGGAAGGGCGAGCACCGGGUGUGCGUGAUCAGCGGCCACAUGAUCAAGACGGUGCUGUGGUUCCGGCUGGAGGCGUGCGGCCGCGUCGAGGACUGGGACCACCGGCGCGUGGCCGAGCACGUGCUGUGCGUGCUGGACUCACUGGUGGCCGCGCUGCGCGCGCAGCACCAACGGUCGUACUUCUUCCCGCACGCCAACGCGGUACUGGACGCGCCGCGCGCCUGCCGCACCGCGGUGCCCGAGGACGAUUACCAGAACGACGUGGAGGUGCUCGAGUCGUACAUGUACGGGCUGUUCGAGAAGUCCGUGGGCAGCGACUCGAUCGUCACCGGACAGGCGUUCCAGAACACGGACACGGACUACUGGCAGAACCUCGAGUCGGUCAUGUUGCAUAAGUGGCACCGGGUGCUGGACACCAUGCGGGACCCGAGGCCCCGGGGGCCGGAUUACACGCGCAAGCAGGUCGAGUACGUGGCCGAGGUGUUCAAGGGAAUGUUAGCCACCAGGCACCACGUGGUGGCAGGGGCGGGUGAAUCGUCGUCCGCCUGGCACUUCCUGACGGAAGAGAAAAUCCCGCGGUGUAGCAACGGGCCGCCGGCUGGAGACGAGAUCGGGCUGGACGCCGCGUACCUGGUGUCCGUGAUCGCGGAACAAGCGUUGGCCGUGCACGCGGCGGCGGCGCGGAAAACGGACGCCGGGCGACGACCGCCGUGCUUCGCGACAGCCUCGGACCGCGAGACCCGUCGCGGCCGCCGUCCCACCGUGGCGGCACGACGACGCCGCGGCGCGCCGGCCACCGAGGACGGGCCCGAAGCGGUGCGCCGGCUGCUGUGCGACGUGUACGCCGACGCCGCAGCGGCCAACAUCGCGGGCGACCCGGACCUGGUGCGCUUCGUUCUGGGCCGCCUGCACGCCGUCGCCGCCACCACACCAGCCGGCCGCCGGUUGUUCCGGUGCGGGCGGCGCCGCGGCGUGCUAGGCCCGCCGCUCGAGAUGUUCCUGCGCCAGCUGUACGACGUGUCGCACACCACGUGCUGGCACCUGGACGAGUGGCGGCGCCGGUGGGACCGGGACGAGCUGCGUUCGCUGGGCGCCUUCGUCAAGCUGGUGUGCCGGGAACGAGUGCCGCCUGCCGAAGCGCUGCUGGACGCCAUCGACAAAGGUUGGUCGUGGGCCGACAAAUUGCUACUGGCCGUGGUCGAGUUCCAGGACGGCGUGGACAUCAUCUGCACGCCAGGACCGGGAACCGUUCACCGUUUCACUAUAUCGCUUCCGGAACCCGAACAGGAAACGUUCGCGUCCCGCAGCCUGGGCAGGGCCGCGAACAGACAACGUUGUUCCGCUCGAGCGGACACGGUGUCCAAUAAAUUCAAAACAGUUAGAGGCAUGUCGUUUUUCGAUGCAGACAGUUCGCUUAACGACGACAAGAAAAACGCUCCGAGGACGACGUUAACGUCGUACGCCCGAUUGCAGCGCCAGAGCCCCAUGACCUCGACGAUCUCGGUCAACAGGUACAGGAGCAACCACCGGGUCCUGGGCAACAUCGUCAACGCCCUGAUCAACCUGCAGAAGUACACAGUGUUGCAGGAAAUGUGUGCGGUGCUGCCGGAGGACAAACAGGGUCCGGUGCUGGACGACAUCCGGAAGAUCAGCAAGGAGAGACGACGCCGGCACCGGGGCACGACAAGGAUCGUGGCGUCCGCGGUCCGCCGGUCACCGGACGAUGGGUUGAUGGGCGUGUACAGAUCGACGUCCGAGCUGUCCAUGGACGGCGGCCAGCCGACGACCGACCGGUUUGCGGCCGGCCCGGUGGACGGCACCGGCAGUCUGAUGGCCACGGUGCGGGCGGCCAGGCGCAAGCAGUCCAUGUCGGCCUCGGUGGUGUACAACCCGGCGUUCUACGACGCGCCUGUCGCGUACGCGGCCACAGACAACCCGGCCGGCCAACCGUAUCUGUGCAUGACGCCCGAGAACGGGUUCAGCUUGCACGGUCGGCCACCGCGACACCACCGACGGUCGGAACCCACCACGCAGCUGUGACGUUCGGGAACGUCCGUGGUCCUGCAACGCUCGAAACAACGCAAGUAAUGAUUUUGCUUCGUUUGUCGAAAGAAGAGUUGUAUAUAAUAAUAAUGUACUUGCACAUAACCGUCUGAUUUGAAAAAAGUUUUGAACAUAAAUAGUAGUUGUAAAAUAUUUAUGGACAAUCACCAUCAGAGAUCACCUAUAAUAGUUUUUAGUCGGAAAAUAUUAAUAUUUCCUUUUUUUUUUUUCAAUUAUUUAAUUAUUUUUUAUUCAUAUAUGCACAACCAUUCGAUUGAGGACGAAAUACGAUAAAAAGUCAUGCACAACACUGUAAUACAAAGGACGAAUUUAAUUUAUGAUUUGUUUAAUGGUAUAUUUUAACUGCAUACAGCGAUAAUAAUAUGGUAAACUAAUAAGCUAUACAGUGAGCUAAACCGAAAAUCGAAGAAUCUACUUAAGGGGAUUGCAAGCCAUUUUCUUUUUUUUUCUAUUACACGCGUAACAUAAGAAUUUAGACGUUUUCUAUUUUUAACGUACUGAUCGAUCUAUCAAGACAAUAAAGAUUUUGAAAACUGAUUUGAAUUCGACGUAAAGUCUUCUUUAGAUUGACUUUCUCACAUUUUUUAAAUUUUAUUCUUAACAUACCCAAAAAUUUAUUUUUGUUAAUUUUUAUGUUUUCAAUUUGUUUAAUCUUAUUUUGUGAAAUGUUGGGAUACAAAAUCAAAAAAAGGGGAAAGUCGAUUUAAAGAAGACUUUGUGAUGCAUUCAAAUCAGUUUUCAAGAACUUUAUCACCUAUAUAAUAUAUCGAUCGGUACGUUGGAAAUAGAAAAGGUAUAAAUCCUUAUAUUGCGCGAGUGAUUGUAAAGGAAAGAAAAUCAUGGCUUACAAUCCUCUUAAAACCCAUCACAACAGUCGUAUAAUACGCCAUAUGAAGCUUUUAACAUAAAUUACUUAAUAAUUUUAAUAAUAUUAAUCUAUUAUAUUGCACACGAUAUAUUAUUCCUGAUUAUGUUCAAAUAUCAGCUGUCAUUGCAUACGUUAUCGUAUUUUUAUAUGUAUAUAUAUUGUUUUAGUUAAAAAAUGUUUUGUAUGAUUUAUGACUCGUCAUAAUAAUUAAGAUUUAUAUUAAUUUAAAAAACACACUCUUCGCUUGUGUGGAUUUUAAACGUAAGACAAUUUUUCGCAAGUACUGCGUUUACUUAUAAUAAUAUAAUUAAUUCCAAAUCCAAAUUAUAUAAAUACAUACAUUCAUGCAUUGUAAGAUUAUAAACAAUUUUUAAUCAAGAACUGAUGGCUUUUAAAAUAAAUGAACACCCGUUACGGUACGAUUAAAAGCAAAAAAUUCUUUUCCAUUUUAAUAAUAGUGUAUAAUAAAAUGGCCUUUUUAUUUUAUAUCUAGAUUAGGUGUAAAAUAUUAAUUUUUUUUUAAUGUUCUUCAAAUUAUACUUUUGCGGCAUUAGUUUGAUGAUAAUUAACAUUUUAGAUCAUUCAUAUAAUAUAUAUUUAUUAUGAUGGAAAAAAUAUGAUCUACUACUUACCACCCGCUGUGCAAAGAACUCUUACAAAUAUUCCAGUAAUACAUACAUUUAAGUUUCUUAGUAACAUUAUAAUGUUAUAUUUUAAUAUAAUUAUUGAA